AUGGAAGGCUACUGUAUGCUGUACGCCGACUACUUCGCCGAUGAUCCAUUGCACAACGAUGUGAUCUUUCGGCGCCGAUUCAGAAUGUCUCGGAAGCUUUUUUUGAAGAUCGCUGAGUACCUCCGGGACUACGACGAUUACUUCAAAUUGAAGAGGGACGCCGUCGGCACACUCGAUUUCACAUCAAUUCAGAAAUGCACGGUAUCCCUCCGGUUGCUUGCUUAUGGAAUUCCUGCCGAUACACAGGACGACUACCUCCGCAUGGCCGAGUCCAUGACCAUCGAUUGCAUGUACAGGUUCUGUAGGGCAAUUGUGGCGGUGUUUGGAGAGCACUACUUGAGGACACCCACCGCAGAAGAUAGCUCGGAUCAUGGCACAGAAUGCAGAAAGAGGAUUCCCAGUGUGGUGCUUGAGGCGGUGGCCGAUCAAGAUUUGUGGAUUUGGCAUGUCUUCUUCGGUAUGGCAGGAUCGCACAAUGACAUCAAUGUGCUGCAAUGCUCGAAUGUGUUUGCCAAGCUUGUUGAAGGCACUGCUCCUCCGGUGAACUAUGAGAUCAAUGGCCAUGUGUACAAUAAGGGAUACUACCUGGCAGAUGGCAUCUAUCCAAGAUGGUCGACCUUUGUGAAGACAAUCUCAAACGCACCCGAGGAGCAAGAUCUUGGUUUGCGAUGCAACAGGAAGCAUGCAGAAAGGAUGUCGAGCGGGCAUUUGGUGUGUUGUAGGCUCGAUUUACCAUCGUCCGGUACCCUGUUCUCACUUGGUCGAAAGAUCAGAUGUGGGAGUCAUGACUGCCUGUGUGAUCAUGCACAACAUGAUCAUCGAGAGCGAGCGGGAAUGUCCGUGUUUGACACUGAACCGUAUGAACGGAUGAAUCCUCUAGCCAAUGUUGAUCACCAGGUGCCGGCCGCCUUUGCUGCUUUCCUCGGCCGGCGGCAAGAAAUUCGAGACGCCGGUACUCAUCAGCAGCUUCAAGAUGAUCUGGUCGAGCAUUUGUGGAGGCUCCGAGGAAACGUUUAG